UACAUAGCCGUGGGAACGGUGAAGUCCGCGUGCAGGAAGCAAUGCAUAUGCAGCUGGCAGAUUCGUGAUUUCCUGCGUCUAUGAGAAGGCAUCGCGUCCUCGUACAUGUCCUUUCGUCAAAGUAUUUCCUAUGCUGCAGGACGGUCUCUUUUUCACUAUUUCAACAUGACGGUACACUUUUUGUUUUUCCUUCUGUUGGUCGCGCUGCUGCACGAACCAGUUCAUACUCACCCUCCCGAAUCGACGACAAGGGACCUUGAAACGGACAUUCAAAGGCUAGACGACUUUGUCGUGAAAAAAAUCCUGUCGUACUCUUCUGAAAUAAUGUCCGCAGUCGACGUGAGCUCCGAAUGUACGUCGGCACUCCUGAGAUGGAUCAUGGCACUUAAAAGGCAAGAACCAUGGGCCCUCAGAAUGAUUCUUGCGAACGCUUUCAUCCCGAACAAUCUGCUGGAGUACAGUGUUUCCAACCUUGGAGGCUACGAACAAUGUUUACGAACGGUUGCGCCCACGCAUGACUCAAUAACAGCCAUGAGAGGACAGUACUGCACCAUGACUGUCAGAAUUACCAAGCGUUAUGCAAAAAACCUGGUGAAAAAAUUCAACACAAUCGGGGACCUUGAGGGACGCUUUGAUUUGUAUGCGUUGCCGGACAAGAUCAGAGGAAGAGAUUACGCUUUCCUGUUGGGGAUCUGUGGCCCUUCGACAUGCAGUCAGGGGGACUUCACGUCACUCAUUCAUGCAGCCGCUUCGACAUACGGAUUGAACACUACAGUUAAAGGCUGCCGCAUUCGGAAGCCAGUUACAGUGGCCCCCUUUCAAGCGGUGAGCAUAAGCAUAUUCGGCUUCAUUCUUGCGCUCGUCGUUGCCGGAACAUCAGCCGAUUUGCUCGCCCGAAGAACGCGGCGCUGCGAAGAGACCAACAAGUACGGUAUACCGAUGGAAAUUUUGCUUGCAUUUUCUGCGAGAAGGAAUGCACAGCGCCUUAUGUCAGCUCGCUGCAGAGCAGAAACCAAACCACUACAAUUUAUCAAUGGGAUGAAGACUCUGAUGUGCUUCUGGGUUAUCCUCGGACAUACGUACAUCAUUAUGCAGAUGGAAUAUUACCAUUCUCUUAGACGACUUUUGGAGAUCAUGGACCAACUACAUUUUCAGAUUGUCCUCGGGACUACACUGAGCGUGUCCACCUUCUUUUUUAUGAGCGGGUUUCUGCUUAUGUUUAUGAUGCAAGACAAGCGGUCCGUAGCAAGCCGAAAAAAUCCCCUCAUGGUCCACUUUAUGGGAACCUUCCGAAGAUAUGUGAGGCUCAUAUUUCCAGCCUUGGCUGUUUUGCUGGCCGCCUCACUUAUUCCCCUUAUGUUGGAAGGACCAGCUGACAACUUAAUGUUUUUUGACCAAAUUAAUGUCUGCCAUAAAACCUGGUGGGCCCUACCACUUCUAGUCAACAACUUCAAGAGAAUAGAAGAGACAUGUCUCAUUCAUCUAUGGUACAUAUCAGUGGAUAUGCAGGUGAUCAUAUUCGUGGCAUUACCUUUGGCUAUUAUCAUGAUUCACCGACCACGCAUAACUUUUUUCCUCGGAGCCGUUCUUGGUAUCAUAGGGUGCGUCUUGACCGGCUAUUUGACGUACAAAUGGGACCUGUUAUUUUCUCUCACUCCUGGGACUGCAGACAUAGGCAAGGUUUUGGAUACAGCUGAAUACAUCCACUUUAAGCCUUUUGCCCACGUUCCUAGCUACGUGAGUGGAAUGUUCUGUGGAUACCUUACUGUGCGCUACAGGAAUGCACAAAUUUCGAAGCUCAUGCAGGGUUGUGCGUGGUUUGCAUCAGUCGUGCUCAGCGUGAUCGUCAUCUAUGUGCCCACCCCUUGGAAUCGAGGUUACAUGCCCACGAAAAUGGUCACCGCAUUGUACGCCGGUCUUCAUCGUGUCGUGUGGUCUCUCCCUUUCUGGUGGCUGCACUACGCAUGCGUCACCGGACGUGGCGGGUCUCUAAAUGCCUUCUUGUCCUCGAGAGUGUUCCAAGUGCUCGGGCGGCUUGUGUAUGGCACGUAUUUAGUUCAUUUUCCUUUGCUGUUAGUCCGCAUCGGAAUCAUCAAGACGCCUCUUCAAGCAGAAGAAUUUUUCCAGACAUUAGAGUUCAUUGGCAUUUCUGUGCUGAGCAUGACGCUCGCGUUGCUCCUGAACAUCACAUGCGAGUCCCCCAUUGACUCGCUUGACAGAAUGGUCUUCCGCUCGUUCGACAAUCGGAUCUUGAAAGAACUCAACAAUUCCACGGCCGUGAAAAAGCCUCCCCUGCCAGAGAUCAUCGAGAACAACCACGAAAAGUCUCGCCUGUAAACACGAACAGUCUUCAAUUGCCGCAAAUUAAAAUUGAACGAAGUUCGUUCUCUCCUUCCUC